AUGGCAACGUUGGCGGGCCAAUUAAAAGCAAAAAAAGAAAGACUCGAAAAGAAAAUCGAACGUUUGAUCGAGCAAAUUAACAAUGAGGAAUUGCUCAAGUCCUGGACAGAAGGCGGCAUAUAUGAGCAGCAGUCCCAGUUAAAGGAUUUAAGCAACCAAUUGGAAAAAAUUCUCGAGGAAGUUCUGCUUGAGCUCGAUUCAGACAGUCAACGCGACUUAAAAGAGAAUCAACAGCUCAGUGAGAAUAUAAUAUCGGCAAAAGCAAAGCUAUUUGACAGUCUAAAAGCAAUAAAUGCCGAAAAACCGGUUCAAGACGAUAAUGCAUCGCUUGACAGAAAUAAAAUUAAAAUAGAGGUUACGCAAACCGAUGCCACCGGCAAUAUUCCUAAUAUCUGGGGCAAAUUCGAUGGUGAUUACUCCAAAUGGAAGCAAUUUCAUGACAAGUGGGUCGCAACCAUGCACACCAACGAAAAAGUCAAAACGAUUGUGAAAUUCCAAAAUCUCCAAACCGCAUGCGUCGGUGAUGCCGUUGGUGCAUUGGGCGAUUGGGAUCUCACAGAUGAGAAUUAUGCUAAAGCGUGGGAGAGAUUGCAAACGAUAUAUGAAGAUGACUACAUGCAGGUCGAAUCUUUCAUGCAAAAAUUGGAUGCACUACCUCGUAUGAAUGGAACAACAGGCAAGGCCAUUCGCAAUACCAUUGACACCGUGCAAAAGCACAUUCACGGUCUGCAACGAUACAUUAAUAUGGAUCCAAAGCACCCAUAUGUAGUAUUCUCAGUCAUAAGCAAGAUGGAUACAGACACAUAUCGUGCUUGGGAAAAGCAUCGUCCAGUCCUAGCCAAAGCUGAUGCUGAACGCAAUGGUAUCGAUCCGGAUAACAGAAGACCGGGCAAAUACAUUCCGACUUGGAAAGAGGUAGAAGCAUUCCUAGAGAAUGAAGUAACGAUUCGCGUUCAUGCCGAACGACAUCCAAAUUUUGCAACCUCACGCCGAAACGAGCACCAAAUAUCGAAGAAGCAACAGAAGCACCAAUAUAAACAAAACCAGUUUGCAAAGAACAAUGACGCAAAUACUGGUGAAAAAACAUGUCCGAUAUGCGAGGGCUCACACUUGAUUUACAAAUGUCAAUCAUUCAUUGAUAUGAAUUUGGUAGCUCGACAAAAUCAAGUCACAGAACACGAACUAUGCGUUCGUUGUUUGCAAAAUCUCCAUGCAGGAAGAUGUGCGAACAAAAGAUGCAAUCAGAUUUGCCCGAAAUGUUUGCCAGAGAAUAAAUAUCAUAACAGCAUGCUAUGCCCGAAUGCAUUAAGACAAACAACAAAUGCAGCCAUGAAUGAAAAUGUAGCCGGACACAAGCGCAAACAGCAAUACAGCAACCAGCGCAAUCCGAAGAGAUUUCGGCACAGCAAUGAAAAUGCAAGUCGGACAGAUUCAAACAGAGGCCAGUCAUCCGUCAACAAGCUGUCGGAAUGGUCAAAGGUUGCGACGCAAAGCAAUGCAAUAAAAAACAUCAGCUCAUCUAAAACAGAGCAAUAGCUGACACCGGAGCAACGCUGGAAUGCAUAACAGCAGACUUCGUGAAUGAAAAUGGACUGAAAACCACAAAAUGCCAGAAAAGAGUACUCGGCAUAAGCGGACCCGAGAUCAUAAAGCAUAAAGUGAAAGCAGUCAUCAGCCCAUGGUUCGAAAGCGACUACGCAAUUGCUGCGGAUUUUUACGUUUUAAAGCAACUGGAUGGAUUGUAUCCGGAUAUGCAAAUAGAAAUAGAUAAAGAACAGAUAAAGCAUUUAGUUCUAGCUGACCAGCAAUUUGACGUUCCAGCUCCAAUCGAUGCAAUAAUUGGAGCCAGAGUAUAUGCGAAAAUAGUUAGUUCAGAUUUAUAUAAGCAUAAAGAUGGAGCAAUGAUGCAAUCAACUGAAUUUGGCCAUAUAAUGUUAGGCAGUUUUUUAAUAAAAAAGAGAACAAAUAAUUCAAUUGUUAUGAAAGCUACGCAAAAUGCUGACAUAUUUCUGGAUAAUAAAGAAAGUAAUGAAAGCUUAGAAAAUGCAUUAUCUAGAUUUUUUGAAGCGGAAGAAAUAAAUCGAUUCCAAUGUUCAACUGCUCUGACCGAAGAACAAGCCUUAGUUGAAAAAUGCUUUGAAAAAACUCACU